AUGGGCGUUCGGUAUGUUGCUGGCAACGAGUUCCAUCAACCACGAUACUUACGUUAUACCGACCUAUCAAUUUUGAAGUUUUUGCAUACACGACCAACAGUGGUUGCCCAUAACCUUCCCUAUAAAACUCCCCUCCCAAUCGAGGAAUCCAGUAGUGGGUUGUUGUCGUCUGCGUUCGAAGCUGGAGUGAUUAGCCUGUUAACCACUGGUUUUGACAUGCUACGCGAACCUCUACCAACUGCAGACAGUGGCGAAUCUGUACCUAUUAUAGAGAGGUGCAGACAGCAGCUAGCACCUGUUCUUCUUAUGUCUGCCAAAUCUCAAGACUCUUCGACAACUCUUGAUAUCAAACAGUGUGCAGCCAUGCUCACUGAUAAUCAUUGCCGCGAGUUUCUGCAACAAGCUAGAGAUAUGAAACUUCAAAUGGAUGCCCUUGCCCCGCACCUACCGGAUGUCGCAGCUGAUGCACACAUCAACAAGGAGGACGUAGAGCGCAGCAUGGAAGAACAUGAUGAAUCCACUCGGAAUACACGUGUUCGGCUAGAUUCAGCAGAUGGCACGUUAUAUGCCGCGUCGCGGAAGGAUAGCGAAGCUACAAGGGUAGAUCUGCCCAUUGACCACAAGGCUUCUACACCUGCCCAGGAUUUCAAUCAGAACAUUGUCAUGGACUUUACACCCCCAGUCAAGCAGAACAUGGAAAAUGAUGAAGCUUCAUCCCCACAUAACCGUAACUCAGCAGAUGUUCAAACAUCUUCUGCUCCCCCACAUCAAAUGAAUGCAUCGUCAUCGAAUACUGUGGAAGACAUCGAAAUGACCACAUCUCCAACAUGUCACUCAGCAAACUCAGUACCAUCUCCAGCAGAUGCUCAGAACCUAGCAACAUGUUCCUCCGCCGACUCCCAUACCUCAUCGCCGUCAUUGAAUAUGUCAACCCUCUCUAUGCCCGGAACCUGGUUCAGACGUCAGGGUCUCACUCGGCCUGGCAUACUCAACGUCGAUUUUAUGGUGGGAGAUCGCAUUAUUCCCGCGUCUUCAUCAAAUAGCGCCCCAAACCCUCCCUUGGUCGUGAAACUUUCUUGUUUCCGCAAGGAUCCUCAUCAUGAGCUCCAGGAAGAUGAUAGCUUCGAAACCACUCUUGUCAAAGUCAGGAAUACGGCAGAGGAUUGGCCUACCAAAGGCUUCCUCGUGGUACAAUUGAACGUUGAAAGCGCCAAUGGCAGGUCCUGGCUUCCCUAUGAUUUGCUUCUGCUACAGGAAAAAGGGGCAUUGAACGUGACUUCGUCCAUCACGCCUGGUAACAACACGAUGCGUCUGAUACACCUCGGCGAUCUAUCCGACUUUACCUUUGUUCUGUACGCUCUCCCGGCAGAGCCUCCAAAAAGGGAGGAGCCCUGGAGACGACGAUGCUGGGCAUCUAAAGUCCGGCCAGCCACAGAGAUACCAUCCAACAAUACUAUUCACAAGUAUGCAAACUUACCAGUUACCGCAUCAUAG